CUUGUAUAUAAAAUGAUUAUGCUCUCCAACUUGUUUAAAAAUGGGCUUUUUCUCAGGUUCAUUCUGUAUAACCUACUAUCACCAAGGGAUCAUCUUUAUAUUCCUUGAAAAUGUAUUCCUUGAAAGCCUGAGACCUUGCACAGUUCUUGGAGAGGAAACCUGCCCUUUUGUUCAAAAGCACUCAUGGAUGCCACCAAGGGGCCUGAAGAUGUUGCGACUGUAGAUGUGCAUGCGGCCAAAGAUCUUCUGGGUUCAGGUCACAAUUAUUUAGAUGUGAGGACGGUCGAGGAGUUCAACAAGAGCCACAUAGAAAAGGCACUGAAUGUCCCUUACAUGUUCAUCACCCAACAAGGUAGAGUUAAAAACCCCCACUUUCUCGCACAAGUAGAGGACAUUUGCCAGAAGGAUGAUCAUUUAGUCGUGGGUUGCAAUAGCGGAGGCAGAUCACUGCGUGCUAGUGUUGAUCUUCUUAAGGCUGGCUACGAGCAUGUGACCAAUAUGGGAGGGGGUUAUUCAGCAUGGGUGGACAGUGGCCUUGCCGGCGGUGACAAACCAGCAGAGGAGCUCAAAACGGCUUGCAAGUUCCGCCCUUGAAAGGGUUAUUAUAUGAUAGUGUGCUGAAGUCAAAACCUAGGUGUGAAUCUGUGAUUAACCGACCAAGUAUAAUGGAUCUGGAAAAGUUGUAGGAAAACAAGAGGGGAAAAGAAUGAAGUUGGGACGAUUUAGAAUGAUUGUAUGCAGAUUUUUACUGUAUAAUAAGAUCCGGUUCCUGUCUUGGAGAAUAAAGAUUCCAAAAUAUUCUUUC